UUUAUACCAAAACUGAAGUGAUGAGACUUUUGAUACAAUAUUGUAACUUUGAUUUAACAAAACAGCUAGAACUAAACGGGCUUAUAAUUAUGAUUAUGAUAGGUAAAAAUUUAUACAACAACGAACACGUGGCCAUCAAAUUGGAGCCCAUGAAGACCAAAGCCCCGCAAUUGCAUCUCGAGUAUAGGUUUUAUAAAUUGCUCGGAAACGUCGACGGAAUACCAAAAAUCUAUUACUUCGGUCCGUGCGGUAAAUAUAACGCUUUGGUUAUGGAGUUAUUGGGUCCGAGUCUUGAAGAUAUGUUUGAUCUCUGCGAUCGAAAAUUUUCAACUAAAACUGUGGUUCAAAUUGCGUUACAAUUAGUACGAGACAUGUUUAUGACGAGUGCAUUGAUAUUGAGUUUUAAUUGUUGUUGUAUUGUGUCUGAUCUAACUCGGAUAGAGUUCGUCCACUCAAAACAUCUCAUAUAUCGCGACAUAAAGCCGGAGAACUUUCUGUUAGGCAGACCUAACUCACGGAAGUCUAAUGUCUUACAUAUGAUUGACUUCGGGUUAGCCAAGGAAUACAUAGAUCCCGAAACUGGUAAACAUAUUCCCUACAGAGAACACAAGAGUCUCACCGGAACCGCCAGAUAUAUGAGUAUUAAUACACAUUUAGGCAAAGAACAAAGUCGAAGAGACGAUUUGGAGGCUGUGGGCCAUAUGUUUAUGUAUUUCCUGCGGGGAAGCCUUCCCUGGCAGGGACUCAAAGCCGAUACACUCAAAGAGCGUUACUCCAAAAUUGGCGACACAAAGAGGGCCACACCUAUCGACGUGUUGUGUGAGGGCUAUCCCGAAGAGUUCGCCACUUAUUUGCGAUACGUUCGACGACUCGACUUCUUUGAGACUCCAGACUAUGAAUACCUGAAGAAGUUGUUCAUUGACUUGUUUGAGAGGGAAGGCCAUCAACACGACGGCGAAUACGACUGGACCGGAAGACAGCAGUCACAACCGCAUCAGAUGACUGAUCCGCCUCCGAUUCCACGCGAAAGACACGCCGCCUCUAAUAUAAAGUUAACGGAUCGAAAUAAGAACGCGUGGAUGGAUAGACAGGACGACAGGGGAGGCAUUUUGGGCGCCAGCGGUGCCGCUAAGCUAUUAGGAGGCAGUCUCUCUGCCGGUGACAGACACGGAUCAGUUCAAGUGGUGAGCUCUACUAAUGGCGACCUCACCGCCGACGAUCCCACUACUGGUCACUCAAAUACGCCGAUUACCGGACCCGUGGAAGUGGAAGUGAUUUCAGAGACAAAUUGUUUUCUAUUGCCGUUCAGAUGCUGUUGUUUUUAUAAGAAGAAGAAGAAAAAGCCUUCGCGUCAGAAGUGAUUUGUGUCCAUAAAAAAGUCUAAUUUAAUUCAAAUAUAGUUUGAAAUUAAGCCCAUGUUUUUGGUUCGCGUUUCUGUCAUUAAGUUUAUAUUAAAAUCCAAUUUGCAUUCGAUUUGAUAAUUGUUUGGGAACUGAUAUAUAUUGGCCACCGAGUGGUGAACAUGACCUCCAAGUGCUCAUAACGUGUGCUAAUGUCUUAAAUUCAAUGAUGAAAUCGAUUCAUUCUGUGAUCUUUGAUUAUCAUUAAUAUUAUUCAUCGAAAGCAACAAUUAUUUGAUCAAAAAAAUAAUGUUUUUAUUCGUGAUUUUCCAGAAAAUUCAUUUGUAAUAUACUAUUAAUUUCUCGAACUAUUCUUCGAUUCAUUUGAAUUUAUAAAAGAAAGAAAUCGAAAACUGAUUAUUAGUCUCAUAUAUGAAACUGAUUUUAAUUAAAAGAUAAUUUUUAAAAAUAUUUGUCUUUUGAAUUGUUUUUUAUAUAUAAAAAUUGGUAAAAUAUUGUUACCGUUUUAACUAAAAUCAAUCCAUUGUUACACAACAAAUACACAAUAUAUGGUAAAUCAUAAAACAGUAUAUUUCGUAAUACAUGUACUGUACGUACGGAUUCAUGCCUUCCUUUACUACAAUUUACAAAUUAUUAGAUCUCUAUUCAGUUUGUGAUUAUAGUUUAGUUGUCAAUUCAUUUCACAAAUAUUUUUGUUAUAACCGCUAUAUAACUGGCAUUUGUUUUUCUGCAUGUCUUUCAUACCAUAUAUAUUAGGC